UGUAGAUGGUGUAAAUGAUGUCAGCAUUCGGUAAGAUAAUGAAAGACGCCGUACCAAGUAUAUGAUCAAAUCUUAGCAACCUGGAAUUUACCGUUUUCGAGUGAACUACGUGAGGAAAAAUUGGGAGAAAAUCGUUAAGGAUCUUCAGGAAUUUGUUUUAUUGUGCAGAAAACUAGCAGAUAACCAAGAUGGAUGCUCUCUUUGGGAAGCGCAAGAUUAAAAUGUCAGCUCUGACUGACUUUUCACAAUUGAACAAGUCCACACGCUCACAUCUGAAGAAUGUCUACAGCUGUCUGGCCAUCGCCAUGCUGGCUGCAGCAGCAGGAGCCUAUGUACAUCUCUUUACUGGAAUCUUACAGGCGGGUUUCCUGACAUCAAUUGCGGGCUUGGGACUCCUGAUUUGGCUGGCUCUCACCAAAGAUGACGGCACCAAUCAAGGGAAACGCCUUGGACUCCUGUCAGGAUUCGCCUUCUUCACAGGUCUUAGCCUGGGUCCUCUCAUGCAGGUUGUGGCAAAGAUCGACAUCCAGAUUAUCCCAACAGCUUUCUUGGGGACGUGCGUCAUCUUUGGAUGUUUCACAUUGGCCGCUCUUUGGUCUGAACGACGUAGCUUCUUGUUCCUCGGAGGCACCCUGAUGUCUGGCCUGUCCAUCCUGAUGCUGAUGUCUCUGCUAAACAUCUUCAUGGGAUCUACUGUCAUCUUCAGAGUUGAGAUGUAUCUGUGCCUGGCCGUCUUCAUGGGAUUUGUGCUGUUUGACACUCAGCUCAUUGUGGAGAAGUGCAACAACGGAGACAAAGACUACAUCUGGCACAGCGUGGAUCUGUUUCUGGACUUCAUCAAUAUUUUCCGCCAGCUGAUGAUCAUCAUGGCCAUGAACAGCAACAACAAGGACAAGCGCAAGAAGUAAAGUGCCUUAAUUCAUUGCUUCACAGUGGAUUCGCACCUAAUUUAGUUGUCAUCACUUCAAAAUUGGGGUAAAAUCAAACAAUUAUUGGUAAAUUGUAGUAUUAAGUUAAUGGUAUUUGAGGUCGGUAUUCAGUGAUGAACACUGAUAUUUGAUUUUGUCACAUUUUCUUUACUUGCACCAUCGUCUUGGUAUCACUCAGUGUAAACAAUUGUUAGUUUACGGAACUAAUGGAUUCAUCUCUUGCAAGCUGGAAAAUUGUUUUUUUCUCCAUUUGAUUAUCUUACUGUUAAGAUAAAUUUUGCGUUCACUUUGUACAAAUUUAAAUGUGCUUAUGCUUAUAACAAGUAGGGACCAACUUUUUGGGCUCUUGCAAGAUCUUUAACAUUGCUUUUGGAAAAGGUCCCCCCCCCCUUUAUGCAACAUUUCACUUGUGUGUAAAAAAAAUUCUUUCAUGCUCGCACAUUGAAAUUUAAUGUGAACAAAAUACCAAUGAUUAAGGAAAAUAUUAACGUAGAGGAUAACAAGUAAGAUGUAUUGUGCAUAAAUGGUAUUAUUUUACAUUCAUAAAUACCUAAGAUAGUUUGCCCAAUCCUAUUGGUCGAGAGCCUGUCACAUGGGUGGUUUAAAACACAGACUGGAUUUAAACACUUAAUUCCUGCACCACUGCACCACAUCGUGCAGUACAGGCCCCGCGAACACCAAUCUCCAUAAAAAGAGAGUUUUAGCACUACCCGCGUGAGGCACGUACCAUAGACAUGGCAAAAGGAAUGGUUUACAAAACAUGAGGUAAAAUUGUUGAACAAAAUUAUUAGAAAAUUGUGAAUCUCUGACUUGUUUUGGUUUUUUCACCAAAAGGUAUUUAUGAAUGGGAAUAAAUAUAUGCUUGGUUGGUUUUAAACAAGUAUGUUUUAAACCGGCUAGGAGCCUGGUCGCGGAUAAUGGCCUGGGGCGAUUACAAACGUACUUGUUUAAAACCGGUUGAGCACAUAUUUAUUCUCUUUAGUAAUCACAUGUUAUUAUUAAUAGAAAUUAUAUAAAUUAGAACAGAUGGGAACAAAUACUUUGUUCGGUGAAGCAAAUGAUAGACAAAUUUAUGUGUGGAUUUGAUUUACUUUCUAUGAUAAACCAGAUUUGAUAUACUUUCUAUGAUAAACCAGAUUUACCCUGAGAUUUCAGAAAAGUUACGAAUUAUUUUAAUCGAUGUUUACUGUUGAUGUUUAUAAUAUUUGAAGUACAAGUAUCUCUGGUGAAAGUACAUCUAUUAUAGUUGGAAAUAUAUUCAGUAUGAUCUCAACUAAUUCAAUUAUUAAUUAAUAUUGAUUAUAUUUAGUGUGUAGCGUGAUUUACUGACAAUUCUUGGUGUACCGGUCUCGUUGGCUUGUAGAGUAAAUGUUUAGAAGCUUUCGCAGCAGAUUUUUUGCAUUUUUAGAUGAAAAGGCAAUGGAGCUUGAAGCUAUUGGAAGCAACAUUGUGUGACAAAUGUAACCUGAUUUUUUAAGCAAAAGUUCCGACAAGAUCAAACGCUUAAACAGCCCAGUAAAUUCAAUUACGGAAUGGUUGCUGCAAAUGAAAUUAACAGCUGUAGACUUCAAAGUGAAUCCCCACGCUCCGCAAUUUUAAUGAAUGAAAAUUAUGGGUGAUCAAACGUUCAAGGGCUUCAAAAAGUACUUUGGUUUUUGUGACCUUUGACUUUGGAAGAGACGAUUUUUAUGACUGCCAUCUUGGUGGUACGGUUUUUGGUUCCACGUGGAUACGAAUGAGUACAUGUACACCAGUUGUGCAUUCAUUGUUUAGUACAAUAAAAAAAAAAACCUCCAAGAUGGCUGCUUCGUGCAGAUGGUCUAUAUUUCAAUUUACAUUGUAACUGCGAAUAAAAACAAUUUGAAAUCAAAAAAAUAA